AUGAAGUCCACCAGUGCUUUUGUUCUCGCUGCCACUUGCCUCGUCGGCGCCACUGCCGGUGGCCCCCAACACCCUCCACAAGAGGCCAACUUGAGUGACACCCCCCACUCCCCCCUAGACCAUCCUCGUCAUGACCACCCAAUUCGUCACAACGACACCCUCGAGCACGAUCACAACCACACGGAACACGAUGGCCAUUCCGCUUUUGAUGGCCCAUUCGGUCAUCAUAACGGUACCCACCCCCACAACGCCACCGAACCGCAUGGCAACCACACGGCCCACCCCCACAACGCCACCGAACCGCAUGGCAACCACACGGCCCACCCCCACAACGCCACCGAACCGCAUGGCAACCACACGGACCAUCCGCACGGCGGGCCUCACCAUCAUAACACCUCGACUACGAAAGCCCCCACUACUACCGCCUCCACGGGUGCGACACCAAUCAGUGUGCAAACGGGGACGACUUCAGGCGCUGCAAGUGCGAUGGUAUCGUUGGUCGCCUUUGCGCUUGUUGGACUUUGCACGUUGCUGGCCUAAGUUGCGAGUGAUACCUUCAAUACAUUCAUUUUGCAU